UAUCCUCCCUUUGCGAAAUGGCCGCACAGCAUAGCAUUACCCACUGUUAUUAAGAAUGGCCUGAAGUCUUCAGUUCCUUGAUUCCUGGAGCUCUUUGUGUUUCCCUCAACAGGGGACACGUGAAGUGCUUGCAAGAUGAAAGGAUUUAUGAAUAGCAUCGCGUCAGGAGCGAUAGGCAAGAACUUGCAAGAGGGAAUCGGCAGUCUCACCAAAAAGGCGGAGCAGGCCUUAGCGCAAGCCCAAGUGCAAACAAAGUCCACAACAGGCGCCACCUCUGCCCCCUCCGCGCGUGCUGCCCGUAGCGGCACGGGGAGCGAUGCCCCCACGCUGCACGCGCGUCAGCCCUCUGAUGCCCUGGAGCUGCAGACGCCGUAUGAGGGCGCGGAGGAGAGCGCCAUCCUGCGGCAGCAGUUGGUGCAGCUGCAGGUGAAGAACGGCAUGCUGCAGAGUGAGCUGGAGGAGGCGCGCGGCUUUGCGGAGGAGGCGGCCCGGCUGCGGGGCCAGUUGGCGGACCUGGAGACCAAGCUGCUGUUCGCGCUCAAGGGGGCCAAGGCCAUGGAGCCGCUGCUGCCCAAGGUGGUCCAGGACAAGCAGCGGCGCAUUGACGAGCUGGCGGAGCAGCUGGCGGAGCGGGACGGGCAGGCGGCGGGGCUGCAGGCGGACAACGCGCGGCUCAGGUGCAAGGUGGAGGACCUGAUGUCCAGCAUGGCGGCCGCCGCGCGCCACGCCGAGGCCAGCCACGGCGACCAGCUGCGCGCGCUGCAGGCGGCCCUGGCGGCGGCCAAGGAGGAGGCCGCGCGACUGCGCGCCAGCAGCGGCAGCGGCAGCGGCGCCGCUGCGGCGGCGGGCGGCGACGGUGAGGCGGCGGCGCUGCGCGAGGAGCUGCAGCACGCGCGCGACGUGAUCAAAGAACUGGAGGAGGAGGCAGACGAGCUGAAGGCGGCUGUGAAGGCGGCGCAGGCGGUGGGCGGGCGCAGCGGAGGCGGUGCCGCCGCCGCCGGCAACAGCGCCAGCGCUGAGGCGCUGGCGUGGCGCGUCGCUGAGCUGGAGGAGCAGCUGGAGGAGGCCAACGACAAGCUGGCGGCGGCGGAGCGGAAGCUCAAAGCUACAACGGCGUCGCCGUCGCGGGCUGGCUCCAUUGCAGGCGCUGGCGGCGGCGGCAGCGGCGGCGGCACCAGUGGCGUGGACAUGGCUUCCCUGGAGGCACAGGUGGAGAGGCUGCGUGCGGAGCUGGAGGCGGAGCGGCGCAAGGUCAGCGAGGUCGCGACGGCGGCGGCCACGGAGGCGGCGCGCGAGGGCGAGGCGGCGGCGGCGGAGCUGCGCAAGCGGGUGGAAAUGCUGGGCAAGGAGGGCCGCGAGGCGAAGGCGGCGCGUGACGCGGCUGAGAAGCGCGCCGCCGCGGCUGAGAAGGCGCUGGCGGAGGCGCGGGAGGCCGCGGAGCGGGCGGGCGGGGUGGCGCGCCAGGCAGCCGAGGAGGCGACGGCCGAUGCGGCCGAGGCGACGGCGGCGCGCAUUGCUGAGCUGGAGGCGGAGCUGGCAGAAGCCAAGGCAGCGGCGGAGAUGGCAGAGGUGACGGCGGCGGCGGCCGCCACUGCUGCGGUGCCGGCGGCUACGCCAGAGGCGGUUGAGGAGCUGCAGGCCAGGCUGGACGCCGCGUCCACGAGGGCAUUUGCCCUGGAGGCGGAGCUGGCGGCGGCGGCUGAGCGCUUGGCGGCUCUGGAUGGGCAGCUGGCGGCGGCCACGUCACGCGCCGCAGCCGCCGAGGCCGAGCUGGAGAAGGAGCGCGCCGCGGCGGCGGAGGCGCGGAGCCGUUCGGAGGCGGCUGCCAAGGAGGCGGCGGAGGCUGUGAAGGGCAAGGGCGCGGCGGAGCAGCGGGCUGCGGAGCUGUACAGCGACCUGGUGGUGACGCAGCGCAAGCUGGACCGCAGCACGGAGCGCAUCGUGGAGCUGACAGAGAAGGAGCACGAGGCGGAGCAGAUCGUGGCCAACUACACGGCGGCUGAGGAGCGCUACGGUGAGGCAGUGGCGCAGAUCGAGCAGCUGCAGGCGGCGCUGGCGGCGGCGCAGGACGAGGCGGCGGCGGCGCGCGUGCAGGCGGACCGCGCGCAGGAGCAGGCCCAGCUGUCGGGUGAGGCCAUGAACAAGCUGCGUGCGCGCAUGGACAAGCUCAGCGAGCGCAGGGCCGACCUGGAGGCGCAGCUGGCGGCGGCGGCGGGCAAGGCCGCGGAGACAGAGGCUGAGCUUGCGGCGGCCAAGGCGGCGGCAGCUGCCGCCGCGCCAGCCACCGCUAGCACCAGCAGCGCCGGAGCACUGCCCGCCGGGCCUGACGGCGGCAGCAGCAGCGCCCACGCCGCCACCAACACGGAGGCCUCAGCCGCGACCGCCACCGCCACCGCCGACGCCUCCUGCUCCACCCGGGCCGUUGACCUCAGCGACACGGGCACGGACACCUCCGGCAUGCCUCCGCCCAACAUGCCCGCCGCCGCCACCGACACCAGCGGCCUCACGCCCACCGCCGACGCCGCCACCUCCGCCGGCGCCAGCGCCGGCGCCCUCGACAACGCCGCCACACAGACCGCAGCGCCCGCGCUGGCGGCGGCAUCCACGGACACCGAGUCGGACGCGGUGGCCGGGGCCCCAAGCGGGGCCUCGGGCGGGGCCUCGGGCGGCGGGCUGAGUGCGGAGGAGGUGGCCCAUGACGAGCAGCUGGUGGCGGACCUGGUGGCGCAGCUGGCGGCGCUGACGGCGCGGCAGGAGGCGCUCAUUGGCGAGCAGGAGGCGCUGGAGGCGGCGCUGGCGGCCAGGGACACGGAGCUGGAGGCGCUGCGGGCGCAGCUGGCUGCGGCAGGCGGGGCGAGUGCCGCGGUCACGGCCGCGCCGCUGGCCGCUGCGGAGGGGCAGCCGGACGGUCAGCAGACCGAGAGCCGGCACGCGGCUGAGGCCAAGACGGCGAAGAAGGCUGCUGCCGCGGAGGCAGCGGCCGGUGACGGCUGGGGCGACGACGAUGAGGGCUGGGACGCGUGGGAUGGCGAUGCCGACAAGGCGCAGCACCGGGAGCAGCAGCCGGGCGCGGAGGCGGAGGCGGAGGCGCAGGCCGUGCCGUCGCCGUCUGUGCCCGAGGCGUCCGCGCCGCAGCUGCAGCCGCAUCAGCCGUCGGCUGGCUCGGCGGCGAUGGCUGGCUCUGACGCCGGAGCGCUGGCGGCGGCUCAGGCCCGGCUGGCCGCCUACGAGAGCGAGCUGGCAGCGCUGCAGCGCACUGUGCAGCAGCUGCUGGGCUGCUGGGUACACCACGCCGGCGCCGGAGAGGCCGCCACCGCCACCGCCAACGGCCGCACGCCCAACGGCACCGCCGCCCACCACCACGCGGCAGCCGCCGCCGCGGCGGCCACGACUCCCGCGGCCGUGGCGGCGGCGCAGGGCGAGGAGGCGGCGGUGCUGGGCGGCACCGUGGUGGCGCUGCUAGGGCAGCUGCAGGGCCGGGUGGCGGAGGCGGCGGCGGCGCAGUCGCGGCUGGCGGCGGCGGAGGCGGAGCUGGAGGAGCUGCAGCGCCGGCUGGCGGAGGCGCAACAGGCCCAGGCCCUGGCGGAGGCGGCGGCGGCGCGGGCUGACGGCGCCGGGCAGCGCCGCGGCAGUGAGGGGGGCAGCGGCGAGCGCUCGCGGCGCAGCACGGGCGGCGGCGAGGGCGAUGCGCAUGACCGGCUGGCUGAGCUGGAGGAGGAGAUGACCAACCUCAUGCAGGACCUGGCGGACGCGGAGCAGCGCGCCAAGGCCGCCGAGGCCGCCGCCGGCGCCGCCGUGUCCAUGCGGCAGCAGCUGGAGGCGCAGCUGGUGGUGUCGGACGAGGCGGCGGCGGCAGCGGAGGCGGAGGCGCGCCGCCUGGAGGAGUCACUGACGGCGGCGCAGGCGGCGGCGGCAGAGGCGGCGGCCCGCGCGGCGGACGCGCACACCGAGCUGGAGCGCAGCCGUGCGGAGCUGCAGGAGGCCAGGGCAGCGGCGGCGGCGCUGGAGGCGGCGCAGGCAGAGACGGCAGCUGCCGCUGCCGCAGCAGCGGAGGCCGCGGCGGAGGCGCACCGCCUGGGUGACGUGGGCAAGGAGCGGGAGCGGGAGGCGGAGGCGAAGGCUGCCGCCGCUGCAGUGGCGGCCGCGGAGGCGGCGCUGGCGGAGGCGCAAAGCACGGCGGCGGCGGCUGAGGCGCGCACCGUGGUGGCGGAGGCGCGCGCCAGCACUGCGGAGGCGGACGCGGCAGCAGCCAGGGCUGAGGCCGCGGCACUGGCGGCGCACGCGGAGGCGGCGGAGGCCGCCGCUGCCGCUGCCGAGGCGGCGCUGGCAGAGGCGCGGUCCGCCGCCGCAGCUGCUGAGUCCGCACUGGACGGCUGCAAGGCUGAGGCCGCCGCCGCACUGGCGGAGGCGCACGACGCCGUGGCGGCCCACCAGGCGCGAGUGGCGGACCUGGAGGCCCAGCUGGCGGCCGCCGCCGCCGCAGCCGUAGCGACAAGCUCUGCCCGUUCGUCCUUUGACGCCGGCGCUUCUGCGCCGUCAGGCACGGAGCGAAGCGGCUCGGCUUCCUCCUCGUCUGGCGGCGGCGCUGCUGCUGCCGCCAGCAUCCCGCCCGAGUUCACGGCACUGAUGCGGCAGCUGCUGGCGUCCGCCUCCACCUUCAAACCCUUCUUCGACGCGACGCGCGGCUCGCACGGCAGCGUGGCCGGGCUGUCGGACAGGCUGUCAGAGCUGGAGGCGCUGGCCGACAGGCUGGCCGCAGCCGUGCAGGCCGCCGCCGCCGCGUCCGCGGCCACGCCGGCGGCCGCUGCGCCCCGCGCCUCGGCGCCGCCCUCCUAUGAGCAGUCCUUCUCCUCACGUGCCAUCGGUCCCGCCGAGGCGGCGGAGCUGGAGGCCGUGGCGGAGGCGGAGGCGGAGGCGGAGGGCGUCAUGGGUGCGGCGGGGCCGGGGCUGGACCCUGCGGGCCUGCACGGGCCGCCGCGGCUGGCUGCGGCCGCGGGCGGCAGCAUGCAGCGCCGCCGCAGUGAGGACGUCAGCGCGCACAGCGUGCACUCGCGGUUGGACGCGGCGGAGGCUGCCGCCCGCUCCGCCGAGGGCGAGCUGCGUGUGGCGCUCAACGUGGCGGAGUCGCUGCGGGCCGAGCUGCGCGACCAGGCGGCGGCGCUGGAGGCGCUGAGGGCCAGCAGCAUGCCCAAGGCGGAGGUGGCGGCGCUGGAGGCCAGCUACCGGCAGCAGCUGGAGGCGCUGCAGGCCACGCUCAGCCGCGCAGUGGACAAGCAGGCCCGCCACUUCGAGUCGCUGGAGGCACAGCACGAGCAGGCGCUGGCAGACGUCCAUAAGCAGCAGGCGGCGACGGUGGCGGCGGCCACGGCGGCGGCGCAGGCCCGGCUGGUGGAGCUGGAGGCGGCGCUGGCAGCGGCCCGCGACGAGGCGGCGGCACAGGCCGAGCGCGCGGCGGCGGCGGUGGAGUCGGAGUCCACUGCCAAGCAGCUGGCCGCCGACAUCGAGCGCGGCUGGGCCGAGCGCAUCGACAGGCUGCAGGGCAUCAACAAGAAGCGGGCCGCCGAGCUGGACACGGCGCGCGCCGAGGCCUCCGAGCUGAGCCGCCAGGCCGCCCGGGCCGCGGAGCGCGUCAUGGAGCUGCAGGCGGAGCUGGCGGAGGCGAGGAGGGCUCUGGACUCGGAGCGGGCGGCGGCGGCGGGCCUGCACGCCGAGCUGGCCUCGCUGCGGGCCGCCGGCGACAGCGCGGGCGCGGAGGCCAGUGACGCGCGCAACCGCGCCGCGGCCACGGAGGCGGCGCUGGCCACCGCGCGCUCGGCGGCGGAGGCGGCGGAGGCUCGUGCGGCGGAGGCGGAGGCGCGGCUGGCGGCCAGUGAGGCCGACCGCGCCAAGCUGGCGGAUCAGCUGGUGCUGCUGCACUCGCUGCGGGAGGAGCGCGCGGCGGCGGUGGCGGCGCUGGGCGAGGCGCGCGAGCAGCUGGCGGCGGCGGAGGUGCUGCGCGGCCGCUGCGAGGCGGCGGAGGCGGCGCGCGACCGCAGCGCGACGGAGCUGGGCCGCCUGAGCUCCAUGCUCACAAACGUGGAGGCGCGCCUGCAGCAGGUGGAGGACGAGAACGAGAGCCUGGUCAGCGAGCUGGAUGAGGAGCGGCGGCGCGGCGCGGCUCUGGCGCGCAGCUGGGCGGGCGAGCUGGAGGCGCUGCCGGGGCUGCCUCGGGAGCGCUGGCCGGCGGCGGUGCGGCGGCUGGUGGACGGACUGGAGGGCCGCGGCGUGACCGCGGGGGCAGGGGGUGGCGCGGCGGCGGCAGGGGCCGGGGGCGGCAGGACGUCGGAGACCGGCGGCGAGGCCGCGCCCGGCGAGCUGGCGGCGCUCAGGGCGUCCGCGGCGGCGGCGGAGGCGCACGCGGCGAGGGCCGAGGCGGCCGUGGCGGCGGCGGAGGCGGCGGUGCAGGCGGCGCGGCGCGAGGCGGAGGAGGCGCGGGCGGUGGCGGAGGCUGAGCUGCGGACCGGGCUGGCGCGUCAGCAGGAGGAGCUGGAGUCGCUGCGCGCCCAGCUGGCUGCGGGCGGCCAGUCGCUGGGGGAGGAGCUGGCGGCGGCGCAGCAGCGGCAGGCGGACGCGGAGGCGGCGGCCGCGGGGCUGCAGGACGAGAUGCAGCGGCUGCGCGACAAGAGCCGCGCGCUGAUGGAGGAGAAGGACGCGGAGGCAGACGCCCUGCGAGCACAGCUGCGACAGGCGCGGCAGCAGGCGGCCGCAGGCGGGGGAGGCGCCGGGCCGCUGCCGUCCGUGGCUUCGACAUCUUCGUUGGGCGGCGGUGCCUCGGGGCGGCCGCCCGGCAGCAGCACGUCGCUGUCGGGUGCGGCGCCCGCGGCGGCGGAGGCGGCAGAGGCGGCGGCGGCGCCCGCGGGUGUUGCGGCAGCUGGCGCCGGUGGCGGUGGCGGGGGUGGUGGCGAUGUGGGUGUGCUGCGGCAGCAGAUUGCAGCGCUGCAGCAGGACCUGCAGGAAUACAAGCGCGCCUACGAGGACACGGAGGCGCUGGCCAAGUUGCAGGACGCGGCGCAGGCCUCGCUGCGGGCCGAGGUGGCGCGGCUCACGGCGCAGACACAGAUCGGCAGCCAGGAUGUGCAGUACCUGCGCGCCACACUGGUCAAGUUCUUUGAGAACGGCUCCCUGCCCCGCGACGGCCCCGCCAUGCCCGUCGUCUCGCGCCUGCUGCGCUUCACGCCCUCCGAGCUGGCAGCCAUACAGGCAGCAGCAGCCAGGCGCAGCGCAGCAGGGCCCGUGGGCACGCUGGCGGCUGGCUUCGCAGCCGUCACCGGCGGCGGCGGCGCCGCCGCCGCUGGCGGCGGAGCCGGCAGCGGCUCCGGCGGCGCCGCCUCCAGCGGUCUGCUCGCCUCCAUGACCUCCGCCAUGUCGAAUGCGGUUAGCGGGCUGGCGCAUGCGGCGGGUGCGGGAGGAGGGCACGGGCAGGGGCAGCCGGGGUCGCCGGCUAGGCCGGUGAUUGCAGGCGGCGUGGGCGGCGCGCUCGCGGUGGCGGCGGCGGCGCAGCAGGCGCGCUACGGGCAGCCGCGGCCGGGCGGUGCCUCGGCCUCGGGCGCGUCGCCACUGUAGAAUAGAUGUGAGGGCUGGGGGGUUCGUUGGGUUCGUGAAGUGGUGGCAGUGCAGGCGGCAUUGGAGGUUGGAGGUUGGAGGAACGGCUUGGGUGGUCGCGCAAGGUGCGCGCCUGACCUAACUGCGGCGGGAAGGCCUUGACGCUGCCAGGGAGGUCCAGAUGCAGUAAACAGUAAACAGGAAGUCAGUCAGCAAUGGCGCGCAUAAAGACUUUGUUAAGUAAGGUAGGGCUUAAGAGACACUUAGAGGUGUGUGGCAUCUAGGGGUUUCCCGUGUGUGGGACCUGAAGCGACGGGCGGGAGUCAGCUGGGGUAGGGUCUGGUGCCAGACCUGCAAUCCAGGACACGCGUUGUUGCGAUCGUGCGCUGUUUCAUGACACACACUGUAAAUGUCCACGUUA